CAGACAUGACCUUUAUGUAGUAUCUGAUAGGCAUAAAGGUCUUAUAAAGACUGUUUCUGAAAUCUUGCCACAUGCUAGCCAUGGUUUUUGUGUUGCUCAUCUGCGUCGUAACAUGACACACAAAUUUAGAGGAUCUGCAGCUACUUUGGGAUGGAAGUUCAAAGCUGCCUAUAUGGCAGCAACUGUUAAAGAAUAUGAUGACUACUUAUCCAUGUUGGAUUCUGAAAACUCCAGGAUAAGGACUUGGCUAGACAAAAUAGGUGCUAACACAUGGUCAAAAGUAAUUUCUGGACCAAAGAGAUAUAAUAUUAUGACCUCCAAUUGUGCUGAGUCUAUGAACAAAGUCAAUGUAUGUGC